UCCUUUAAAUUCGAUGUUCUCUUAUUUUCAGCCAUUUCUGCAUUUGAAGUCCAGCCACUUUCAACUGAGGUCCAAGAAGGUGGAGUAGCUCGGUUUGCCUGUAAAAUAACAGCAAACCCCCCUGCCACUGUGACAUGGGAAGUGAAUCGAACAACUUUGCCUUUAGUCAUGGACAGGAUAACCGCUCUACCUACAGGAGUUCUUCAGAUCUAUGGCGUCGAACAGAAGGAUGCUGGGAAUUACCGAUGUGUUGCCACCACGAUAGCCAACAGACGUAAAAGCACUGAGGCAGUGCUGAGUGUUAUUCCAGCCUCAGACUUGAAGCCUUUUCACAAGCCAUCAAUAAUAGCUGGUCCUCAAAACAUUACAGCAUCUCUUCAUCAAACUGUCAUACUGGAGUGUGUAGCCACAGGGAAUCCAAAGCCAAUCAUCUCAUGGAGCCGGUUAGACCAUAAGUCCAUUGAUGUCUUCAACACCCGUGUCCUUGGAAAUGGGAACCUCAUGAUCUCUGACGUGAAGGUGCAGCAUUCAGGGGUGUAUGUCUGUCGAGCCACUAUUCCAGGCACACGAAACUUCACCGUAGCAAUGGCAACUCUCACUGUGCUGGCUCCACCUUCAUUUGUGGAAUGGCCGGAAAGUUUAACAAGGCCUAGAGCUGGUACUGCUCGUUUUGCCUGUCAGGCAGAAGGAAAUCCUGCUCCCAAAAUUUCAUGGUUAAAAAAUGGAAGGAGAAUACACUCCAAUGGUAGAAUAAAAAUGUACAACAGUAAAUUGGUGAUUAACCAGAUCAUUCCUGAAGACGACGCCAUUUAUCAGUGCAUGGCUGAGAAUAGCCAGGGAUCUAUUCUCUCCAGGGCCAGGCUCACUGUCGUUAUGUCAGAAGACAGGCCCAGUGCACCUUACAAUGUCCAUGCCGAAACGAUGUCAAGCUCAGCGAUCCUGCUAGCAUGGGAGAGGCCGCUGUAUAAUUCAGACAAAGUGAUUGCGUACUCCGUGCAUUACAUGAAAGCAGAAGGUUUAAAUAAUGAAGAGUACCAAGUGGUCAUUGGAAAUGACACAACCCAUUACAUUAUUGAUGACUUGGAACCAGCCAGCAACUACACCUUCUAUAUUGUAGCCUAUAUGCCUCUGGGAGCCAGUCAGAUGUCAGAUCAUGUGACUCAGCACACCCUUGAAGACGUUCCCUUGAGAGCUCCUGAAAUUAGUCUGACAAGCAGGAGUCCUACGGAUAUUCUCAUCUCUUGGCUGCCGAUUCCUGCAAAAUACAGGAGAGGUCAGGUGGUCCUGUACCGUCUGUCUUUCCGCCUCAGCACAGAAACCAAAAUCCAAGUCUUGGAGCUUCCAGGGAGUUCAGAUGAGUAUCUCCUCGAAGGCCUGAGGCCUGACAGCGUCUACUUGGUUCGUAUCACUGCUGCAACAAGGAUUGGCUGGGGAGAGGCAUCUUUGUGGACUUCCCACCGGACUCCCAAAGCUACAAGUGUGAAAGCACCGAAGUCUCCUGAGCUGCGCUUGGAGCCGAUGAACUGUACCACCAUUACCGUACAGUGGCAGCAGGACUCUGAGGACACUGCAGCUAUUCAAGGGUACAAGCUGUACUACAAGGAAGAAGGCCAACAGGAGAAUGGACCAAUUCUGUUGGAUGCCAGUGAUCUUGAGUAUACUGUCAGUGGUUUAG